AUGUCAAUUAUUAUUCAACAGGGCACGCUUGAAUUAGAAAAAAAAUAAGAAGCCUUCAUUUCUCAUACUUCUGUGACUAUUUGACCACGGAUUUGUUAUCCUAAGUCAAUACCGCUUCUUUGAAACAUAUAUUUCAUUCGUCUUUUGAUAUAAUUCUAAUUUUUGUACUGAAAAAUGUCCGCCUGGAGAGCAGCCGGUUUAAAUUAUAUAAACUAUUCUAACAUAGCCGCUCGUCUGGUUCGACAAGCUUUAAAACCGGAACAGCGAGCGCAAGCUGUACGGCGUGAUGAAUCCCACAUAAAGUUUACCAAAUGGGUUAAUGGGAAACCAGAGACUGAGAAAUGAAAAGAGAAACUUGAACGAAACAUUUCACGGUUUAUGAAAUCCAGUUGGCCGCUGAAAAUUGAGAAGCUGUGAAAUUCAUAGAUACAAUGAAAAAAUAAAGUCGCAAACUAUCGUUUGUAAAAUACAA